AUCACAUCUACAUUACAUACAUACACUUUUAGGCUUGCAUCUCAACUACAAUCAGAGAUCCCAGCAAAUACAACACCAAGCAUGACAGCUACCAGAAUCAUCGCAGCUGUACCAACAAACCGACACGACCAUACCAUCGGUCACUGCCGCGCCCAACGGCACACGCUCUACGCGUACACGGAGCAUUGCCAAACACAAGGAAUCCAACAACAGCAACACGUUCAAGAACCUACUGUUUCGCAACCUCAAUCCUGCAGUGAAGAGGAAUGGACAGAGAGUUCAGAAGAACUUGCGCGCUGGGGUAUGCAAGCUUCUGAGCCGGCAAGGCAGGAAGCUGCCCCCGUAAGCAGAGUGCAUCAAGGAGCCGAGUGUCUGAGGAUCGAGGAUAUUGCAAAGUUCUGGCAGUGAAAUCUUUUUGUUAUAAACGGGAGUUUUGGAGUGAGAAAAGGACUUGGUUAGGUUUAGGGGUUUUUUUAAAAUAGAUUUUAGAAUGUUGAUGAUUUAAGGAACAAAUGUAUAUUUCAAAUGAAAACUCU